UAGCAGCCGACGCUCAGUUUCGCUCUCUUCGCCCUACGUGCGCCCACACACUGUUAAACCUAGGCUCGUUUUAUUAAGAAAACCGAUCUACAGCAAGUUGAGUUUUUAAAAGACCUGUAACCGUGUCAAUUUAGGCUCUUGUUUUUUUUAUUAUUACGUUUCGGACUUCGGAUGGUUACUUUUCCAAAUCAAAACAAAACAAUUACAGACAUUUAUUUUUAUGUUUUUAAGAGGAUAACUGUUUUUUCCUUCUAAGCAACAGGGCGCUUUCAUCCAUUUUGUUGGCUUAUUUGGAAAUGUUCCUCAGGUAGUGUUUAGAUAGAGAGAUAACUUGCUCGUUUAUAGGAUCUCGGCGACUAGAUAGUUGCUGCAAACUGUAAAAACGGCCCUAACAGACAGGUGACUGCGGCUCAAAGCUGUCGGAGGACAUGGAAUCCACAAAGGCUGGAGGAGUAAUAGCAUACAUUAGCUCCUCAAGCUCAGCCUCCAGUCCAGAGUCGUGCCACAGUGACUCCUCCAACAGCAGCUAUCAGUCCUGCUCUCCACCCCAUACAGGGCAGGGCCAAGGCGAGACCCUUCCUGUGGCCUCUCAUUCCCGCCGCCCACCAAGGCAUGGGAAGGCACGAUCACUCUCCUCCACCAAAAGUGGCAUUACAAAGAUUAACGGUCUGGUGCUGCUAUGUAAAGUGUGUGGAGAUGUGGCGUCAGGAUUUCACUAUGGUGUUCAUGCCUGUGAGGGAUGUAAGGGUUUCUUCAGGAGGAGCAUUCAGCAGAACAUUCAAUAUAAGAAGUGCCUUAAGAACGAAAGCUGUCCCAUUAUGCGCAUCAACAGGAACCGAUGCCAACAGUGCCGUUUUAAGAAGUGUCUGCUCGUGGGCAUGUCAAGAGAUGCUGUGCGUUUUGGCCGGAUUCCCAAACGAGAAAAGCAACGCAUGCUGCUUGAGAUGCAGAAUGCUAUGAACAAUAUGAUGAACAACAGCCACGGCAACCAGUCCCUUAACAGCCAGACUUCAACCACAGAUGGCACUUCUGAGGAUGGCACUUCUGGUCCUUCUUCUCGAUGCCCCUCCAGCUCGCCCAGGAGCAAUCGAUCUGAAUCCAGCCCAGACCCUGAGCUGCAGAUUGCCAUGGAUACAAGCCCAAGCUCAGACUCGUCCAGUGCUACUGACAGUGGGGAAGAGGAGGUUAUUGGCACAGUCACUAGGGCACAUCAGGAGACAUUCAUGUACAAUCAGGAGCAAGGCAGUAUGCCUUCAGAGGCCCUUAAUAACUACAGCCAUUGCACAGAGAAGACUCAGGAGGUCUGGAACCACCAGAACAAUGUGUCCUCAGUAAGUGAACAGAAACCACAGUCGAGCUGUAGUCCACAGGGUCCUGAAGACUCUUGUCGAGACUACAGUACUCUGAGCAGCUGCCCAGUCAGACUUUCCAAUAACAGCUCCAGGGGAUCAUCUCUGCAGAACCUUUCUCUUAGAGCUCACAAUGAUCUUGAAACACAUGCCAAUGGCAGCUAUAGUGUCCCAACAUUUUCAAGAGCUAACAGGAUGCACCUGGUCUGUCCGAUGAAUACAUCACCAUAUGUGGAUCCUCAGAAGUCAGGUCACAGUAUUUGGGAAGAAUUUUCUAUGAGCUUCACACCAGCUGUCAGGGAGGUGGUGGAAUUUGCAAAGCGUAUUCCAGGAUUCAAAGAUCUGUCCCAGCAUGACCAGGUCAGCCUGCUCAAGGCCGGCACCUUUGAGGUGCUGGUGGUCCGCUUUACAUCCUUGUUCGAUGUGAAGGAGCGCAAAGUUACAUUUCUGAGUGGCAGGAAGUAUAGCGUGGAUGCUCUGCGCUCGUUGGGAGCUGGAGAUCUUCUCAACUCAAUGUUCGACUUUACAGAAAAGCUGCAAGCUCUGAAUCUUAGUGAGGAGGAAAUGAGCCUCUUCACUGCUGUAGUGUUGGUGUCUGCAGAUCGCUCUGGUUUGGAGAAUGUCAACUCCGUUGAGGCCCUUCAGGAAACUCUGAUACGAGCUCUGCGCAGCUUGAUCACCAAGAACCACCCCAACGAGAUUGCCAUCUUCACUAAACUGCUUCUCAAACUCCCAGACCUGCGCUCUCUUAAUAACAUGCACUCUGAGCAGCUCUUGGCCUUUAAGGUCCACCCUUGAUCGCCCACCAACUUUCAUAACUGUGGACCACACUCCACUCCAUCCACCUCCAGAUCCUCCAAUUCAUUCCUAGGGCCCACUCAGCCCCUUUUGCUGACAUUUCCCCCCAUGACCUGCUGGUUUUAAAAAUGGAGGUAGAGGGGGGCACAAUAGAAGUCAUUGUACUGUAGUAUGCCUCUGUUUGAACUAACACACACAACCUGCAAGCACAAACUGGAAGGGUUUCGUUGUAGAUGCUUACGAGAGUUUGUAUGAUUAUGCAGUUUGUGUGUGUGCAAAGGCACCUUGAAUUUGUUUUUGGAUUUAUAUUGCUUGUGCAAUAAGUGGCACGUUCACUGUUUUUGGAUUGUUUCUGUUGGCCGCUUAAUACUUCCAGAAAAGAGGAAGUAAGGUAUCUUGUGGCCAUACCAAGGGUGUGUGUUUCUACACACAAGCUUAAAACAAAUGAGCACAUUCUGACAUGCUUUCUUAUUUGGAGAUGAGAAAAUGACAAACUAUGAAUGAAACAACUAUGAAUUAAAGAAUGUGGAACAAGCUGCUAAUCAAGCUUUUUGGCAGAAAGACACAAGAAUGUUUAAUGGAUAGAUUUAUUUUUGAAGUUUGUUUUCGGUCUGAAGAGCUCUUUAUCAAGUGGAAGCCACUUUAUCAUUAGGCCCGAAACAGUAUGCAAGCAUGUGAAAGCAUCUAAAAUGUUAGACCACAAGUUUUAACACGUGAUAAUGUAGGAGAGAUUGGCCAAAUCUCUGUUUUAUUCAGUUUUCUCUUUCUGCGACUGCCAUAGUAGAAUGACAGUUGAAAGAAAGUCUUUGCCAGUUAAACUUAGUUCAAUUAUUUAUGUUUAUAGCUAGCUACAUGCAUUGGUUUAAUGGCAGACAUUUGAACAUGAUUUUGUGACCAGCUUGUGUUUGCUGCUGCCAGUAUUUACCUAGACUGCAUACUUGGCCAAGCGUUUGCUUUCUUGCAUAGAGUGUUUCUGACUUUAGAUCUGCAUAAAGAUGCAACUAUGUUUAUGUUUCGAUUCAUAGGGCUUUUAGUAAUUACACAAUAUUUGUUGAUGCUAAACGACAAAAGGAGGAGUAGAACGUAAUGCAUUUUAUCACUCUGAGAAUUUCACAUUCUACCCCCGGUACCGAUGGGACACAAAGCCAUCAACAGUCAUGUUGAAUGAUAAAUGCGUAUAGCUGAGGCCAUACCCUACCGAAUACCUAUACACUUAUAUGGUUGGUAAUUUCAGGCUAAAUAUUUGUUUUUUGACUUAUGGUUUGAGAGUACAUGGUCAUCUGCAUAUGUUUGUAAUUCUGAUCAUUUCUUAUUCUUUAUUUUGGGCAAGUCUGUUCAGUGAUUGUGUAAUUUUUGUGUCUGUAUGAUCUGCUGCAUUAAGUAAACCUAAGCAGCGCUGGAUUAAACAGGAAGAUAGAAGGGUUUAAUUUUUCGAGGACAGAGAAAUUGGCCCAAAUUUCCGUCAAUGCCUCUCACCUUGCUGGCUUUGAACUCUGCUGCAGAUUAAUGGUCAAGUAAAGAAGUAUUUCGAAUUCCA